AUGAGUCUCAAGGUCGGUGACCAUGGCCAGACCUCUUUUCUCCUCUACGGAGCGAUAUCCGGCAUUGCUCCCGAUAAGCAUCAAGAAUCCAAGACCAAACAGAAGUUCCGACAAAUCUACCAGGCGCUCAACGGUAGGUUCUGCGUCCUCGAAAUCGCCUAUUACGAUGAAACCGAAAUGGUCAUCUGGAAGUGGUACCAUAAUGACCGGUUGCAUUUGAACACGAAUACCCGCGACAUGUUCGGUCGCUUGAAUGGAUUCGCCCCCAAAUACAUUGAUGCUCUCAAGCAAUGGAAUGAGGUAUGGACGAUGAUUGCAUCAUUCGAGCAAGAGGACUGGACUACCGAGCUGGACAAGCUCGGACUUCCUGUCAAUGUCGAGACCUUUGCGAAAAACGCAUCAGUGACAUCUGAGGGCGUUUUGGCGGCUUUGGGCGAGGUCAAGAUGACCAUGGCACGUCUCAAAUGGUAUAAUCAAGCGGCCAUGUUGAGUCGAGGAGCCCAAUGGGAGACCUGGCGCCGGGUAGGUUAG